UUUUCUUACUUACAAUAAUACACUCUCUUCCUUGACGGGGCUAUACGAAGAAGAAGACCCCUGACUUGGUCAUCGUCGUCUCAUUUCCUUAGUUCUUCUUCACACCAAUUAACCAAAACUCUCAAACUCUUCUGCUUCUUCAUUCCAACUUCCUUGUCCGUCUCAGAUUUUUUUUCCCCUUAUGACCUAAGAUUCUUUCUUUCUUGAAACCUUGAUUUUGGACAAGAAAAUGGCUUCCCGCAACGAGAACGAUGAUCUUCCCAUGCUUCCAAUUUCAGACUCAUCAUCUCGUACCAGAGAUUUCACUUCCAGGAGUCGUAGCGUGUCCCUCUCAAACCCUACUUCUUCCAUUGACGGAUUCGACAACUCAGCUGUGGUUUUAGGCUACACGGGUCCUCUUCGAACUCAGAGACGUCCUCCUUUAGUUCAAAUGAGUGGUCCUCUUACCUCUACUCGCAAACCUGAACCUCUCUUUCUUCCUCAUCCUUCUACUACUACUACUGCUACUUCUUCUGGUGCCUCUUCUCAGCUUGACGAUGAGUUCGUUUUGAACCACGCGAAUCUCUUGAAAUCUGGACAAUUGGGGAUGUGUAAUGAUCCUUACUGUACUACUUGUCCUUCUUAUUACAACCGUAAGACGGCUCAAAUCCCUCAUUCCAGAGUCUCUGCCCUUUUUGAUUCCACGUUCCAUAAUGCUCUGUAUGAUGAUGCUAAAGGUUGGGCUAGGAGUUUUGUUUCCUCUGCUAAUAGAUACUUUCCUGGAAUCAUGAAUCCUCAUGCCAAAGUGGUUCAAAGCUGGACUAAAUUCUUUGCCCUUUCAUGCUUGUUAGCUAUUUUUAUUGAUCCUCUCUUCUUCUUCCUCAUCAAAGCCCAAGAGAGAAACAAAUGCAUUAUGAUUGAUUGGCCAAUGACUAGAGCUUUUGUAGCUGUAAGAAGUGUAACAGAUGUUAUGUUCUUUUUUAACAUUCUACUACAGUUCCGAUUAGCUUAUGUAGCUCCAGAGUCUACUGUGGUUGGUGCUGGCCAGUUAGUUAGUCAGCCGAAGAAAAUUGCCCUCCAUUACCUCCGAGGAAAGUUUUCCCUUGACUUGUUCAUAGUGAUGCCACUUCCACAGAUAUUGAUAUUAUGGAUAAUACCAAAACACUUGGGGGUAUCCGGAGCAAACUAUGCAAAAAACCUUUUAAGAGCUGCAGUUCUUUUCCAAUACAUUCCAAAGUUAUAUAGACUUUUACCAUUUCUUGCUGGACAAACACCGACCGGUUUCAUAUUUGAGUCAGCCUGGGCCAAUUUCGUUAUUAAUCUUCUCACCUUCAUGCUUGCUGGACAUGUUGUUGGCUCUUGCUGGUAUCUUUUUGGUCUGCAGAGAGUUAACCAAUGCCUUCGAAAUGCUUGCGGUAGUCUUGACCGUGGAUGUCGAGAUCUUAUAGACUGUGGUAAUGGAAAUAGCAGCGAUGUACUAGCACGAGCUACCUGGAGAAAUAAUGAGAGUGCCAGUGCUUGUUUCCAAGAAGAUGGUUUUCAUUAUGGAAUCUAUUCGAAAGCAGUCAUUCUUACCAAUCAUUCUAGUCUAUUCACAAGAUAUAGUUACUCUCUCUUCUGGGGGUUUCAGCAAAUCAGCACUCUUGCUGGUAACCAAGUCCCAAGCUACUUUCUAGGGGAGGUGUUCUUUACCAUGGGUAUCAUUGGAUUGGGACUUUUGCUUUUCGCUCUACUUAUUGGUAAUAUGCAAAAUUUCCUUCAAGCUCUUGGUAAAAGGAAUAUGGAAAUGACGCUAAGACGGCGUGAUGUGGAGCAAUGGAUGAGCCAUAGACGGUUGCCUGACGGUAUAAGAAAGAGGGUGCGAGAAGCUGAACGGUUCAACUGGGCUGCUACUAGAGGGGUUAACGAAGAAUUGCUCUUUGAGAAUAUGCCUGAUGACCUUCAAAGAGAUAUAAGACGACAUCUCUUCAAAUUUCUCAAGAAGGUGAGGAUAUUUUCCUUGAUGGAUGAAUCAAUCUUAGAUUCCAUCCGUGAGAGGCUGAAACAGAGGACUUACAUAGGGAGUAGCACAGUGUUGCACCGCGGAGGACUAGUUGAGAAAAUGGUAUUCAUAGUGAGAGGUGAGAUGGAGAGCAUUGGAGAAGACGGUUCUGUUCUUCCAUUAUCGGAAGGCGAUGUUUGUGGUGAAGAACUCCUCACUUGGUGCCUCGAACGCUCUUCUGUAACCCCCGAUGGGACGAGGAUAAGGAUGCCAGCAAAAGGGUUGCUUAGCAAUAGAAAUGUUAGGUGUGUGACAAAUGUAGAAGCGUUUUCGCUGUGUGUAGCAGAUCUUGAAGACGUAACGAGCUUGUUCUCGAGAUUCCUAAGGAGCCAUAGAGUCCAAGGAGCCAUAAGGUACGAGUCUCCAUAUUGGAGGCUACUAGCGGCUAGGCAGAUUCAGGUGGCGUGGAGAUACCGUAGGAGACGGCUUCAUAGAUUAUACACUCCUCAGUCUAGUUACAGCCGUUAGUUUGUAUUCUUCAUUCUUGAUGAUUAUAUUGUAAGUUUGGUGGUUUGUUACUUGGUUGUCACAUAGAUGUUAUAUAAGAUGUAGCUCAAUGCUUCACUUGAAUUCAGUUUUUUUCUUUUUCUUUUUUUCUUUGUCAAUUAGUGACCUUCUGAAAGUGAGAAAAUGAAUGACUCAUUUAAGAGAGGAAAUGUCAGUUUCAAUUCAGUU